AUGGCUCCAAAGUGCAAGAUUAUCCUCGACACCGAUCCCGGUGUCGACGAUGUCAUGGCUCUUCUCCUGGCUCUCAGUGCCUCUCCCGAGGAGCUUGAGUUGGCCAUGAUCUCCGUCACAUACGGCAACGUCCCGCUGCAGUCCUGCCUUCGCAACGUGGCUGCCAUGUAUCACGUUCUGGAAAAGGAAUUCGAGUGGAGGAAAUUCCAAGGCCGUCCCGAGGGCUACGAGACUCUCAAGGCUCACAAGACGCUUAUUGCUGCUGGAGCCGAGCACUCCCUCGCCGACCCCGUCUUGGCUGCUGACUACUUCCAUGGCGCUGAUGGAUUGCACAACGUCCAUGAUGUUCACACUGACCUGAGCCCCGCCGAGACUUGGAAGGCUCUGUUCGACAAGGACGACGGCAAUGACCACGGCCCCUCUUACCCUCGCUUCAAAGCCUCAAAGGAGCCCGCCCACAAGGAGAUGCUGCGUCUCCUCAGAGAGAACCCUCCAGACACCAUCAGCAUCCUUGCCGUCGGCCCCCUCACAAACGUUGCCCUGGCGGCUACCGAAGACCCCGAAACAUUCCUCCGGGUUAAGGAGCUCGUCGUCAUGGGCGGAGCUGUCGAAGUUCCAGGCAACGUCACCCCCACGGCCGAGUUCAACACCUACGCGGAUCCCCUCGCCGCCGCUCUUGUCUAUGCCCUCACAUCGCCCACCCCUGCCUCGACUCUGCCCCCUAUUCCCAGCCAUGUCAACAUCAAGCCCUACCCCGCCAAGCUCUCUCGCCGCCUCAAGGUCACUCUCUGCCCCCUGGACAUCACCAACCACCACUUUAUCAACAAGAACUACUUCAACGAAACCGUCAAGCCUCUCGUCGAUGCCGGCAGCCCUCUUGCCCGAUGGACCGCCCACUUCAUCAACGGAGCCUUUGACAAGAUCGACUCCAUGGAGGGAGACGGCAGGGAGCCUGAGCUGGCUCUGCACGACCCCUUCACCGUCUGGUACAUGCUCACCCACGAUGAUGAGCGAUGGCAGACCCCCGCGAAGGCCGAGGAUCUUCGUGUCGAGACCGUUGGACAGUGGACUCGGGGAUCCUACGUCCUCGACAAGCGUGUCCGCACCAAGCCUGGCGAGGCCGCCGGUGAGCUCUCAGAGAACCUCGAGAACGCCGACCACCUGGUGACUCUGGACGAGGUCCCCGGAGAUACCAUGGGUUGGUUGAGUGUCCGCAAGGGUAACAGAAUCGGGCGGUUGAUCAAGUCCCCCGGCGAGGCCAUCUUCAAGGAAGUCUGGAUGCAGCGCGUCUUUCACUAG